CCGUGACUCAAACCGCUGUCAUGUGACGAAUGUUUUUGUGGAGUCGUUUCCGCAUUCAGUGGCUGAUUUUCGCCGUGUCAUGUGAACUCAAACCUUUGCAGUGGUUUAAUUUCCACCCCCCUGGGAAUCUUCAUCGAGGUCCAGAAGGAGUACCCGCCGCUCCAGAGCUCCUUCCAGCGGGUUCGCUGAGAGACUUGGGUCCGGGGCGGUCAGCCAUGGCGGACGAGGAGCGGUCACCGCUGCUGCCCGAGCAGCAGUACGCGGCCAACGGCUUCUUCCCGCGGAGAAACUCCGGUGGAUAUCCACAGAGUAUCGUGCCGUUCCCCAGCUACGUGCCGCCCAGUGAAGCUCCGCCCCCGUACUCGCCCCAGGGCAGCCCAGACAGCAGCAGCGCCCCGGUCAUCAGCUGCCGGGUCUGUCAGACGGCCAUCUCUGUGGAGGGAAAGACGCAUCAGCAUGUGGUGAAGUGCAGCAUCUGCAACGAAGCCACGCCGAUAAAGAACGCUCCCGUUGGAAAGAAGUACGUCCGCUGUCCGUGUAACUGUCUGCUGAUCUGCAAAGUCACGUCCCAGAAGAUCGCCUGUCCACGGCCGUACUGUAAGCGCGUCAUUAACCUGGGACCAGUCCACAUCGGCAGCGACAGUCCAGAACCGCGGCGCCAACCCGUCGGGCUCAGGGUCAUCUGCGGACACUGCACCAACACAUUCCUGUGGACAGAGAUUUCAGACCGGACUUUGGCCCGAUGUCCACACUGCCGAAAAGUUUCUUCAGUUGGGCGGCAGUACCCGAGGAGGAGGAGCUGGCUGUGUUUCCUGCUCUUUGUUGUUCUGGCAGCAUCCACCACUGGACUUUUGGUUGGUACGUGGAAGCCGGCGCAGCACUCAAAGGGCAUCUACGUGUCGUGGGCGCUGCUGAUGGUGUUAGCUCUCUUUACCUUGAUAAGAACCAUGUACUGGAGGUGUUUUAAGAUCAGCGACCCCGUGUCCAACAUCACAUAGACGGACCGUUCAGGAGCUGAAAGAGGGAAUCGGUUCCUGUCGCAGGAGCAGGAGCACACAAGACGAGUGGUAAACGAUGUGAGGGUCGGUGUGGAAACCGUGGAAUGACGGGACGGGAAAGCUAACUGGAUUUAGAGUAAUUAAAAAUACCUUUCCUGUGCUAUACUGGGAUUACAGAAAUAAAAGCUGCUAGUUGUCCAAAAACAACACUGAGA